CUUUGAAGAAAGUGUCGUCUUCCUCCACUCUUCCAAUGACAACCGUUCCUUCCUAGAAACGCACUCUUUUCACCCUCCUUUCUUUCACUCCUUUUUCUCUUUAUUAAAGAUCCCUUCUGAAACUCCCCCUCUUUCCCAUCCACCCAUCUCUCUCUCACGGAAAUGAAGAAAGUGGUGCUGAAAUUGGAGUUGCAUGAUGACAAAGGCAAGCAGAAGGCCAUGAAGGCUGUUUCUAGCCUUUCAGGGAUAGACUCGAUCGCCAUGGACAUGAAGGAUAAGAAACUAACGGUGGUUGGCGAUGUAGACCCUGUGAACAUCGUAAGCAAGCUCCGCAAGCUCUGGCACACUGAGAUCCUCUCCGUGGGGCCGGCAAAAGAGCCCGAGAAGAAGAAGGAGGAGGCAAAGAAGGAGGAGCCGAAGAAGGACGAGCCCAAAAAGGAAGAGCCCAAGAAGGAGGAACCCAAGAAAGAAGAACCUAAGAAAGAAGAACCCAAGAAAGAGGAGGAGAAGAAGAAGGAUCCGCAUGAGCAGCAGAUUGCUGAGCUCGUCAAGGCCUACAAGGCCUACAAUCCCCACUUGACCACACAUUACUAUGUCCCGAGCAUGGAAGAGAAUCCAAAUGCCUGUGUAAUUUGCUAGUGAGAUUUGAGAAGAACGGAACCAUCUUCCCUGGAAUGAAUUCUCUCGAAAACCCGCCUGAAGAGCGAUCUGUGAUGGACAGAAAAUCCUUUGUACAGAUGAUGGUGGAUUGUUAUUCAUGUAUUUCUUCUGUUCAAAGGAUUGUAUAGAGAUGAUACAGUAUCUCUCGAUUGUGUGAGUGUUUUUGUAGGGAUUAUUUCAUGAAAUAUAUGGAGUAUUUAUACUCAAUUUAAUGGC